AUGUGUCUCAUCUAUCCCAUCUAUCUAGACUAGAUCAACUAACACUGUCCAACAACCCUUGCAUUAAGCAACCAGAAGAUAUUCAAAAACAGUUUGAUUAUCGACCCUAUGUGAUAAACUGGUUACUACAUUUACGAAUGCUGGACGGAGAGCUGGUUACUCCGAAGGAGAGUCUAAAGGCUGAAUGGAUGUACUCUCAAUCCAAAGGACGACAGUUUGGACCAGGAGAGCAUGAACAGUUAGUAGAAUAUUUAGUACAAACCUGUCCUUCGGACCCUGAUAAGGAAACUGAAGAGGACAGAAAACUUAAUCUUAUUCUUUCAAAGGUUCAAGAACACCAAUCUUCACUCAGGAGCCAAACCAAACCUGAAGGAUAUAGUACCCUACCCAGAUCAGUAUCUGCUGAUGGGAGAAGAAGCACACCCUCAACUCCUCGUAGGCAUUCAGGUUCUGGUGUUCUACCUCUACCAGUCAAUGGUGAUGGUCAACCUACACCUACACCCCAAGGAGAAGGACAGUUUGGGAGUUUAGGGUAUUCAUCAAAUCCGUCCUCAACUCUUAGUACUCCAGUAAAUACUCCAGGUUUGUCGAGAAGAAAUUCUACGGGAAUACGAAAUUCUAGGUACAACAGACUCCGUAAUUCUCCUGGCCCACUUCGUAAAAACGAAAUUAUAACUCCGUCCCAGUAUAACCUGGAGCUACCUCCAACCCUUUAUGGAGAAGACAUGAAUGACGUAAUGAAUGGGAAUGACCUGAUGACACAAUCCAUGGAUCCUUCGGCACUUAUUCAGAGAUUAGAUAAUACUUCAAGUAUAUCAGAAUCUGAUUUGAUGUCACAAAGUGUAGAUGCCAAUAUGCUUCGGACUAACCUUAAUCAAAGAUAUGGCUUGGGUGGAGGAAUUAAUACAGCUACGAGACCCAGAACUCUUUUCUCACAGCGGAGUACCGACAGCGGAAUUAGGUCUGAUGAUUACCUGGAACUACAAGAUGUAUCUGAUGGAGAAUCCAGUAUCAUAGUCUCAGGGUAUACUAGACUACAGUCCAGGCUUAAUCCAGUACCAGAAUCCUUGAAUAGUCCUGAUAUAGUCCCAGGUCCGUCUCCUCCUAGAAGAGAUGAUCCUCUGCACUCUGGACCCCUCAGUAAUGAGCCCCAUGAGCUGGAACUACGACUAAGUGCUUCUAAGAACGGGUUUAAUGAAAACCAGAAGACUGCCAUUUCCCCGUUGGUGCACUCCAGUACCCUUUCUCCUCUUUCAAUACAAACCUCUCCGCGGCCAAGUGAGCUCAUGGUCGCCGCCAUGACAGCUCGAACAUCAACAAAGACGACAUCUGUGAUGACCCGGCCGACUAGUGCGGUUAAACCUAGUAAUGUGACCAGUAAGGUGGACAGUGGACUGAAUAGAACUGGACCCGGGAGAACACCAAUUCCUAGAUCUAAUUCAAGAAACUUUGAUCCUCAGUCUAGUCCCCGGAUGCUUGAUGCUCAGUCAAGUCCCCGGAUCCCGGAAUCUAAGUCCCGUAUCCCUGAGCUCCGUGACUCUGGGUCUAGCCUUGACCCUGCUCCUCGUCCUAGAUCUCAGUCUGCUGGUCCUGCCAGAAAGAGUAGUUUACCCAACAGACAAGUAGCAGCCCUGAAAUCAGGAUCUGCGACCACUGCUCCUACCCCUGAACCCUCCAGGAAACGUAAUUCUGCCCAGCCUCUCUCACUAGCAGAUGACGAGGCUUCUGACACAGAAACAGAAUCAAGAGUGCAUAAUAGUGAAACUUCAAACAAACUCCGUCCAAGGAGAACAAACCAAGAGCCUGGAAAAGAUGCCAAGGGGAGAAAUGCAGGACCAAGGCGAAGUGAUGCCGGAAACCGAAGAGUUGAAACAGAAAGAAGAGUAGAAGGAGGUGGGAUACGAGUAGAAGGAGGAGGAAGGAGAGGGGAUGGUGGAGCAGGUAGGGGACGAGUAGAAGGACGAAGAUCAGAAUCCUGGAAUAGAUCUGACGGAAGACGACCAGUCGCUGAGCAAAGGAGGAUAAAUCAAGAUCAAAUGACAAAGAGCGCCAGUUCUAUGCAGGUUGGGAGCAGUAGUUCUAGACCUAGAUCUACUUCACUUACUAGGAGUCAAUCACAGAGAUUAGGGAGUGGUGCAGUUGGUUCAAGUUAUUCAGAUCGUCCAACUUCCCGUUCUGAUAGAUCUAUAUCCAGACCCAGAUCCAGUACACUGUCUUCAGGAGUACAUAGAGGAGGACUAGAGAAUGUAAACACUGCGGCUAGAAGUAUACAGGCAGGAUGGAGAGGGCACAAUACAAGAACUUCAGAUCCACAGGUUCGUGAGAUGCAAGAUGAGAUUCGAAGUAUGAGACUUGAAGCACAUGUCAAGCAGCUAAACAAGGAGCUACGUAAUGCUAGAGCAGCGCUGGACCAGGAAAGAAAGCUGAGGAAAGUACAAACUGACACCAUUAGGGCCCUGUGGAAGGAGGUGCAGACCCUUCAAUAUGAGAAUGAUCUUGAUUUUGUUGGUCUAGAAUCCAUGAUGAUCAGAUCAGAGACACAAAAGAAUCUUGGGAAAAAAAGUUUCCGGAUGGGUCGUCUUUUGCCUGGUUCGCAGCAGUGGCAAGAGGAUAGUGAUAGCAGUAGAGGAGACGAUUUCUUGGGAGGGUCUGGUAGUUCUACUAGUGGUGUAGAUGAUAAAUCUGUUGCAGAUCUUUCAAGAACAUGUGCUAACCUUCAGAAUCAAGUUGAGAACCUUCAAGCCUCCCUAGCAACAGUUGUGAGAUAUGUGAGCGAAAGAUCGCGGCAUUCUAGCUCCAGUACACCCCCGGGGGUUCAUAGUGUACAUAGCGUACAUCAAGGUUUACCUAACUCCAUGACGAUGUCCCUUCCUCCCUCUCUCACCUUACCAAACCCUGUAACCAUCAGCAGAUCUUGUGAUAGUUUAGCACAGACCGAUAUAGUUGCAGUUAAAACACCUCAAAAUGAGACUUUUCUAUUCGGGAGUCGGCAGGCAUUUACUGACGUAGAUACAAGUGACAGUGACCAUACAAGGUUGGAUUCGGGCUUUCCUUUACGCCUGGUGGAGGGUGUGUCUACAUCAUCCUUCUUAGAAGAGAUCCGCCCACCCUCACGUAGCCGGUCUCCUCGACCUAGCUCACUACCAGGGGUAGGAUCAGGAGAUCCUGCCACGCCCAAGAAAGCCCCACCUAGGGGUACAGAGAUUCCCGGCAUGCAUAUUCAGGAGAAAGAGGUCAGCCCUCCUGGACCUAAAGUUGUAAAAUGUUUUGCUUCUGAUUUAAUGCAGGGUAUUCUUUCACAGUCUACAAAAGAGAUAUCUCAGCGUGGAACGAUGGAUACAGCUGACGAUGCAAAAGAUAUUUCCAUGUCCCUGGAUAUCAGUGAUUUUCCGAAAUCCUCAAAAACUGUUGAAAAUGCGGGAAAGGUUCAUAUUCAGAAAGACGACAUUUCCUGCAGUCCGUCUCCGUUGAAAAUAGAAGAAUCUCCAAACAGCUUGAAAACGGUGGAUUCAGACUCUUUAGAGAAAAGUGUAGAGAUGGCAUGAAUAAUUAUAAUUUUUAGAUCACGUAAAAGAAACUGUGAGAUUAGCUGAGGAUUGAUAUUUUGAUGAAAACAAAUUUUGUCUAACAGAUGAGAAUUAAUACUUCCCUGAUUUUCCCUCUCACUUUGAUAUUAGCAUAGCUUUUGUAAACUGUACCGUCUGAGAAAAAAAUUAUUUUUAUUUAGAAAAAUGAUAACCAAAAAAAACAUUUGAAUUAUUGACCUUUUUAUGUUAAAGCAAACGUCUUUACUUUUACUUAUCCCUCAAAUACAGUCGUCUUCGUAUAUAUCAAUACAAUGAAGACGAUUUUCUUUUUCAAUUUUGUUUUAUACCUAGCUUUUAAACUGCAUGGAUACACAGAAAAAGUAAACAAAUAGAAGCUGUCAAUUAAAAAUGCUUCUCUUUAAUUACUUGUAAACUUGUAAUUCGAAAAAAGCUUGGAAUAAAAAACUUAAAUAAAAAAGUCGUCUUUAAUAUUUUUAUAUGAUCACCUACCACUGAAGUUUAUGUUUGGGUUUUAUUAGUGAAUCUGUUUCUGUUUUUAAUGGAAUUUCUAAAAUGUGGACUUCAAUUCUUAAACAAUUUUUUCUUUCUUUUCAAAUAUGAUUUUAACAAUGGUAAUUUUGUUAGAUACUGAAAACGAUCGCAGUGGUUCUUAAUUUAAAAAGUUUAGAAGUUUCUCAACAUUAUUAUCAUCAAGUGUCGUCGUUUAUUAAUUGUAAUAAAAAGGUCGAAAAAAUUCCAUUUAAUCCUCAUGUUUAUAGUUAGAUGUGGAGGGAACAAUUUUAUUUUCAAAUGUAUGGUUCAGAUGUGUUAGCAGAAAAAAUAGGAUUUUAGUCAUCUCAAGAAUGUGUUUUUAUAAAGUUUUGUUCCCUGACAAAUUGUAUUUCAAGUGUUUGUAAUUACUAAUUAUAGAUUGUAUUGUAAUGUUUUUGUUCUUUCAU